AUCUUCAGUGUUUUAAAAUCGAAACAAAUCGGCGUUGUUUUUGAAGACAUUCUCAGCUGUCCAAAUUGUGUUAUAUCGAAAGAAUGGGUAGAACUACCAGAAAACGGUCUUUAUCCUCAGGAAAUAAGGAAAAAACCGACACGAGUGAUUCCUCGUCCACAAGCGAUUCAGAAAUCGGAGAUAAUAAAGCCGGCGAUAGGAAGAGGUUAAAGAAAAGUGACGACAAAGAGUGGAAUGGAAGCGAAUCAUCCGGCUCAGAGCAAUCGGCUGCUUCAAAUCAAUCUAAAGCAAAAAAAGCUACAAAACCCACAAAGCCCACAAAAGAUUCAACGACAACCGACAACAAGAAGCCCAACAAGUUUAUAAAAAAGAACCAUGGAUGGGGUAAAGCACUUGAGGUGGAAUCUAUAAUUACACACGGCGUCUCGGCAAACGAAAAGAAAUCGAGGAAAUAUAAAGUGAAAUUGAAGGAUGAGUCCAUGAUUUGGGUUAGUGGUCAAAUGCUUACAGCUAUAUGCCCGGAGCUGGUUCGCCAGUACAAGGAAGAUAUUAACAGUGGCAAGUUUGUGGAGGCCAUAGUUUCGCAUGAAAAGCAGAAAAAUCGUAGCAUUAAAUACCUGAUCAGAUGGGCAGAUAAGUCAAAAGGGGAAACCUGGGAGACAAAGGAAUCGUCUCUAAAAUUCUGUCCUAAUCUGCUGAAACCGUACAUGGAAAAAAUGGAAGAGAAGGAAGCUGAAGCAAUCGCCGUAACAGCCAUUCUCGCCCAUAAAUUGGUUGACCACAAGUCGCAAUAUCUUAUCAAAUGGAAUGACAAAAGUAAAGGCGAAACAUGGGAAACAGCUAGACGAACUAUAGCUUUGUGUCCUAACAUUUUGGAUAAGUUCACGAUGAAGAAUCCCGACUGCGUUCCGAAUUUGUACAUUAAAGAGUCCGUUGAUAAGCCAGGAAUGUCGAAACGGAAGAGUCAACUGAAAAACAGAAAUCGAUACUACAAAGUCCAGGAUCCCAAUCUCCUUGAUUUCGACGAAGACUUUGAUUGGGAAGUAGAACGGAUUAUGGAAAUGAGUGUGAAACGAGAUAAAACGCGUGAAUUUUUGGUGCGAUGGAAGGGUUUUCGAUCAGCCUACGAUUCGUGGUUGCCGGAAAGUGACCUGAACUGUCCGGAUUUACUUGAAAAAUUUAUGAACAUCAAAGAGAACCGCGACGAAAAGAGAGCGUUACUGCAAUACAAGAACGGAAAACUGCGAACAGUGAAAAAACGUCGGGGAAAACCUCGGGACAAACCGAAAAUUCGUCUCACAGCUACUACGAGCAAAGUGAAACCGAAAGCUCGUCGUUCGACUACGAGCAAAAAGAGCUCGUCAAUUAAGCGGCUUCCGCAGAAACGAAAGGAGAACCAGCAGAAACGCAAGACGAGUAGUAAGAAAAAAUAAAUUUCUUGAAUUUGAGGGUCUUAAUUUGUGAGUAAGUUGACUAAGUGAAUUCUAUCAACUUGGUCACUUCGCUCAAAUUUUGAGUAUAGGUCAGCAAUCGGAUGGCAAAAUCAAAACAUGUCCAUUUUAUCGUUGUUUCGUACUGCUCUACUUCGGGUUGUAAACUCAGACUGUCGACAGGUGCAACAUCAAAAUCCAUAGAUUUCCAAUAAAUUUAUUAGAAAUGUUAAAGCUAGUAACACAUUCACUUGACUGUUACAGAGAUGUAAUGUCUUUUAACCGAAAAAAAAGGAUAAAACUAACAAUAAUACUUAAGCCUUGUGAAGCUGCAAUGCAAAUAUUUGGUAUAAAAACUAAAAAUGUAGUAACUGAAGUCUAA